CUUCUUAAUUCUCAUCAACCUUUCUUCAUCUUCUUCUUCACUUAUUACUUAUUAUUCUCUUCUCUUUGAGAUCUGCAAGCUUCUUGUUAUUAUCUUUAUUUCACUGUUCAACUCACGUGUUCUUCUACUUGCCCAAAAUAUUUUAAACCCAUAACUUUGAUCUUUCUUAUAUUACCUUUUCAAUAAUUCUUCAUUUCAUUUCACCUAUUCGCAGCUUCUCUAAUCUGCCCACUUCUGUUUCUUACAAGGCCUGAUCUUGGAUAAAAUUUGGGUGUGAGUGUCAGACAUAUUGGUACUUUUAAUUUAGAGAGUCAGCCUGUUUCGGGCUGGUUGGAGAUGCUAAGAUGGCAAAAAAGGGAAAAAUUGCGCUCUAUCGAGAGAGAUUGGAUGAGACGCUAGCCUCUGAUGAUCUUACUGAUGAGAAUAACCUGAAGAUUCUUGUCAAAGAUCAUAUCUUACGGUCAUCAUUGGACAAUAUGUCCACAGAUUAUAUUGAUAAUAUUACAGAAAAAAGGGCCCCGGAAGUGUCGAAUUUUCUUGAGAUGCUGAGAAGUGCAUCUGAAAAUUACAAUGCUUUAUCACAAGAGACUCAUCAUACAAGUUGGAAAUUGAAACAGGAUACUGAAGAUUUCCGUGUCAUGUAUCGGGAAGGACCUGUAGGUUCUCCAUUUCAUUCACUACUUGUAGAAGGUUAUAUAGAUGCUCCUCUAGAUGUUUGUUUGUGUGUUUCAUGGGAAUCAUCCCUCUAUCCACGAUGGUUUCCUGAAACAUUAAUUCCAACUUUCAAAGUUGCAGAAGCCAAGUGUUUGCAGAAGGUCAGGAUUGGUGAAGAUAUAUCUUUAGUGAGGGUGAAGCUUUCGUGGCCAUUAUCCAGUAGAGAGGCUCUUCUCCACUAUUUUGAGUUUGAGUACCUUAAAGGUGAUCUUGUCGUCGUGCUGCUGAACUCGAUUCCUAACGCGGAUAACAUUCAAUUGGAAACUCAUGGCUUCACCAAUGAGGGAAUACCGAAUGCUGAUAAUACUGUAAGAAUUGAUUUAGUGGGAGGUUUUGCUUUGCAAAAGGUGACAGAAAACAGGAGUUAUUUUAGGACAAUAGGCAACUUGGACAUCAAACUUGACUUUGUUCCUCCAUCACUUAUUAAUUUCAUAUCAAGACAAUUGAUAGGUAGCGGUUUCAGGUUCUAUAAGAAGACAGUUGCUUCUGUAUCUAACGGAGACGAAGAUUUUUCCAAGGCAUUGAGUGACCCCCUUUACAGUCGAUUACGCCAAUCUGUAUACUCACACAAUGAAUUGGAAAAGAACCUUAGAACACAAAUCAUACAUGACCACAUAGGUAUGGACGAUAGGGAGCAGAAAACAGCUAAGCAAAGUACAUCUAAAAAGGAAGAUGUGAAGGUUCUUGGAAAUGAAGAUAACAGAUCUUCAGAGGAGCGCAAACCAACUAGUAACGAGAUUGAGGAAGAAGAAAUCAAUGAACGCAAUGGACUUGAUAGCAGAUGCAAACCAGCUAGUGAGAUUGAGGAGGAAGAGAUGAAAGGGAGCGAACAUAGAAAAGGGAACAGCAAAAAAGAUGCAAAGGAAAGCGAUGGUUCAACUGAUCAACCACGAUUAGUAAACUUCCAAAAUAAUGUUCCAAUAAGUCCCCAGGUGGAGAGAGCUUUAGGUAAUUUAGAUAAAAUGAUCAGUGUUGUAAAAGCGAAAAGACUCAAAGUCCAGAACUGCAAUCAAUUUGGCCCUGAGAUAGGAGGAGGUUUAGCUAUAUCCUCAACCAUGGGUAAAGAUGUGAAAUGGGUAGAUAAGCAGGGUACUGUGAUGGAAGAAAUUGUUAAAGCUACUGCAAAUGUAUCUGGGAAUCGCUUCAGCACUAAUGGUUUGAGGUCUGAAAAUUCAGAUCUUCAUGCCCAGGAAGCAAAUUCUCAUAUGAUAUCCCCCGACAAAAAUCCGGAAAUUGCAAGAAGUGCAGCAAUAUCAGGAAACAGUCCUGGUGUAGCUAGUCCAAAUUUUGACUGUCCAAUGAGCCUCGAAGUUAACGGCAUUCAUGAGAACAAGAAGAAGACUGGGCAGUCGAAAAAGUGGAGGCUAUGUUGCUUUCACCUUGUUUCGGGGAGGUUGGUUUCAUGACGAUGAAAGGACAACACCAAUGGUGGUGUUCCUUAUAUCUAACAAAGAAGUAACUUAUUGUUAAGUUAGACUAAUAAUCAGCUGAGAAUUGCACAACAACUUUGUUCGAGAUUAUACCCUGUACACUAGAGCGCCACUUUUAGAUGAUAUAGUUGAUGUAUCAUAUUUUCAGACCGAUACAGAAAAAUAAUCAUAGGAUUUGUUUCCUUUUUUUUUCUCAUUUUGAAAAAUUUUGUUUGUAAGGAUGUAAUUUGGCUUUUGCUUGUAUGUUUACUGUAGAAUAUUAGAGGGCAUGUCCUGUAUUAUUGCCAUUUUUUCAGAUUUUUGCUUUUUGAGAUUGGAAAGUUAUAUUGCCCGCAAGGGGAGAGCAUGUACUAACAUUGCAGAUUGAUGCAUUUUUUCUGUUGUAACAUUUUGAGUUUUAUGUUUGCUGAUA